GCUCCCCAGGGUACCACUCAAUGGGGCCCUGUAUGCAGGCCUGGUUGCCCGGCUCCUCCCUACCCUUGGCCCCCAUUGGCAGCCUCUGCCUGCCGCGGACUGCGCCAAGCCCACACCCAGUUCUCUCCGGAGGAAGAAUAAGAAACUGCUCUGUCUACACUCGGACACUCUGUCAGUCACUCGGACACUGAAGCCAGAGAGGACCCCAGCAGCAAAAGGUGACCAGGAGCCUCCGGGAUGUCUGAGCUGGAGAAGGCCUUGGUUGCCCUCAUCGAUAUCUUCCAUCAGUAUUCAGGAAGAGAGGGCGACAAACACAAGCUGAAGAAAUCAGAGCUGAAGGAACUCAUCAACAAUGAGCUCUCUCACUUCCUGGAGGAAAUCAAGGAGCAGGAAGUGGUAGACAAAGUGAUGGAGACGCUGGAUGAGGACGGGGAUGGGGAGUGUGACUUCCAGGAGUUCAUGGCCUUCGUCGCCAUGGUGACCACAGCCUGCCAUGAGUUCUUUGAACACGAGUGAGACCAAGAAAACAAAAAAAGUAGCUGAGCUGCGGCAGCAGACAUGAGGGUCACAAGAAGAGGCACAGCAAAGGCUUUGGGCUCCAAGGAGCUGGGCUCUCUAGACACCCGUAACUAAUUAGGAAGCUUGAUUUGCAUUGGGAAUGAAACCCCUCGACCCCCUUCCCAAGGGCUGCUUCAGGUUAGCACAUCAUGAUUUCUGCUACACUAGGCAUUCCCGUGAGCUGACAGGUCCCGGGAACUGUCGGUAAGGGUCUCUUAGGAGACGAAAUCAAUGCCCUGCGGGUACAGCACGCCUUGCUGACCACCAUGCCCCUGCAGAAGGGUCACCCGUAAGAAUGGAGGCAGACUACUAACCGUAGUUCCGGCGGACAGCUUUCUUAGGUAUAUGCUUCCCAUACUUCUAUGGACCCACAGCUGGUGCCUUGCAAAGAGGUUGCCCACCCUUACAUGUGCUUGCCUGGGCAAAUGGCGCCCACCCCAGAAAGUAGACAGACUGAUCACCUACACCCUCCCUCAGCCCAAAGGAGCACAGCCGCACUUACGUCUCUUCCUCCACAGUGUGCAGUGAUUCAUUACUAAGUAAAUAUUUAAUGCUAACGGUUCUAACUGGGAAAACAAUUAGAUCUCACUAAGUAUGAACAUUCUAAGGAACAAGAUUCAAAAUUCUGCUCAGGAGACUUCUUUUAGGAUGACACCAUUGUUCCCGUAGGACACGGAAAGAUGGAGGAGGGAAAUGGCCAGAGUCUUUUUCUAUACCUUCCCCACUCCCUCUGCUGUCCGCAGAGAGAGUGACCAUGAGGUUGAGAUUCGCAGGAUGAGCUGCUGGCGAAUGAAGGGCCUCUGAGCUGUGCCCUUUAGCAGCUGGUAGGCAUGUCUGACCUGCUGGUGCCUGGGGCCUGCUUGACAUUUGGUGAGGCCGCACGUUGAGGAUUGUGGGAAGCUGAGCUGGAUGCUUUCUAACCUGUCUAUUCAAACCGCAAAGGUUCAAAUAAUCCAAGCUACAGAUAAAUAAAAAUA